GUAACAACUUCUGUAGUUUUUGCGAGUGAUAAAAGGGUUGACUAGAAAUGACGCAUGAAUCACCCGUACAAUUAAGAUUUUAUAUAUAUAUAUAUAUACAUAUAUUUCAAAUAGAAAGGGAUUCUGGGCUUCUAGCAAUUCAAUUUUUUUUUUUGGUACAAGGGUUGUUAGCAGAACACAAAAGAAAAAAGAAAACGAAGAAUAACAAAUUCCGAAAACUAAUUGAGGAUGACCUCCCUCCCCGCACACAGACAGACAGAUACUAAUUCUCCGGUUUGACAAGAGCUAGGCCCACUCCAAGCUACAGAAUCUUCACCAUUUAUAAUUUUACACGGUUACCCAUCGAAGCAGAACCAAACCCAAGUGAAAAGAGUAAAACAAGACCCAAGAAACCCAAAAAUGGUGCUGUGGUCCUACCCACCAACGGUAAAGCAACUGGCAGUAACAAUCGGGUUUUGCCUCACCGGGACUUCCCUCAUGGCCGUCGGAGCUUACCUCUCCGUUGUCAACAUAGCUCCUCAACAAGAACGCGCCAAAGACCGUAGCCAAUACGUUAAAGACCGACUUCGAAAGAUGCUUGACGAUUAGCCACCACCCCGCCCCAAACAACAGAAGAAGAAGAAGACCAAAGUAAGGAAAAAACAGGCAACCCUUUUUAGAUUUUCGGUAUUGAUUGGUUUGGUUCUGAAUUUUGCUUGACAUGUAAAAGAAAUUAACCUUUGGAAGUUUUUUCAAUAUUGGGUC